GCUCGAUCAAAGAAGUGAAUUUACAGCUAGCAAUCCCUAAUAGAACUCUAUCGCAAUGCCUAUUGGAAAGAUUAACUCAACUUCUGGCAAGGGCGCCGACUACUCAGCUGGAAGCCAGAACAUUCAGCACACCGUGGAACAAAGUGGUGGCAAGGCACAAGUUGGGUACCAGAAGACCUCUGCACAGCAUACCUACGGAGCUGGAGCAUUGAAUAUCAAAGCAAGUACAGAAGUGCCAAAAGUCAAAGAGAAUUUGGUCUAUGGAAAGGCUGAUGGGUCUGGUACUUCACAGUAUGGGACUGGAGCUAUGGGCAUCGAGUCUGCUGUAAAUGCCCCCAAGAUUAAGCAUGAAGGGCUUUCUGCUGUGGAUAAGACGGUAGAGCAAGUUCACAAUGCAUAGAAGAAGUUGCAACUUUAUAUAAAACUUUUGUAUUGUGCUGUGUAGUUAGAGGCAUAAACUUGAAGUCGUACACUUAUAGCUCAGGUAUUCUGUUGUUUUUCGUUGAUGUCUCAAACACGUUUUGCAUUUUAAUACACGAUUAAAUAGCUAGUGUUUCUGUUUUCUUUGUGCUGUCACCCUGUGCUUUUGGUGUCCAACGAUAAUUAUUUAAAAACAAA